CUGGCAUCUCUGGUCUUUUGUGAAUAACGAAUAAUAAGCAACAUAAACAUAAACAACCUGCUGUAAAGAAAGAAACGAUAAGAAACGAUUUAUGUAUCCUUAAAAUACGUAAAUUUUCCAAAAUAUAAACAGAAUGCCAGGUAAAGUUAAAGUAAAAAUUCUCGCGGGCCGCAAUUUGCCGGUUAUGGACAGAGGAAGUGAUACUACUGACGCUUUUGUUGAAAUAAAAUUAGGAUCUACGACUCAUAAAACAGAUGUAUGCAGAAAAAGCUUGAAUCCUGUUUGGAAUUCCGAUUGGUAUAGAUUUGAGGUCGACGAUUCUGAUUUGCAAGACGAACCUUUGCAAGUUCGUUUAAUGGACUAUGAUACAUACUCAGCGAAUGAUGCAAUUGGUAAAGUGUAUAUUAACUUAAGUCCUCUAUUGCAUUCUCUUUCAACGGAUAAGCCUACACAAACCAGUAAUCUUGGGAAAGGUUCGGUAAUGUCUGGGUGGAUUCCAGUAUACGACACGAUGAACGGUGUUCGAGGAGAAGUCAACCUCAUCGUUAAAGUUGAUUUGUUCAUCGAUUUCAAUAAAUUUCGCCAAAGCUCUUGUGGCGUAAGAUUUUUCCAUUCACAAAUAAUUCCACAUGGAUACAGUGCUCAGGUUGUCCAUGGGUUUGUGGAAGAAUUAGUCGUUAAUGAUGAUCCAGAAUAUCAGUGGAUUGAUAAAAUUCGGACUCCUCGUGCUUCCAACGAAGCUCGACAAAUAGCUUUUAUCAAACUAUCUGGCCAGGUGCAAAGAAAAAUGGGACUAAAAGCUAUAGACCUAGGGGCCAAUGCAGUUAUAGGAUAUACACAGUGUUUCGAUUUAGAAGGCGAUGUAGGCGUUGUCGCCCGAGGAAUUGGAACAGCAGUAACUUUGGUUAAGAUAUACGAGAAUGUAAUUCAUCAUACAUUUGAUGACCCUCUCGCAGAGCAAAUUGAGCUAUCCACUAAUUCAGUACAAACAACAGGUAUAAAUAAAUAUUCCCGAGACAUGUCAGAAUCAAGCGGUAAUCGUAACUCGCAAAGUCCUGGUAAAGCUGGAAUUCCUUGUUCAUCGGCUAUUGUUUUGAAGGAACAUAAUGCAAGUGGAGCAUUCUGUCGGCGGUCGUCUGAUUCUGAUUUGAGCAUCACACCAAAAGGAACUUCUCUAACCUCAAAUGAUCGCUAUUUUGCCGUUUCUUCAAGAGGUCAACCUACAAGUAUUCUAAUAAAAUCACUCAACCACGAUGCCAUAGAUCUAUUGGAAUACCCGUUUCUCACAAUAACAAAAGUUCCACCUGGAUUUGUUCUUCAUAUAGGUGCCACAGUGUCAGCAAGAUCCGUGAAAUUGUUAGCUCGGGUUCCCAAUCUUGAUGAUCCAGAAACUAGAGAUAUGUGGUGGAAUGAACUUCGCAUGGAAAUUCGGUCGCAUGCUCGUGCUAUUGGUUGUAAUAUGGUAUUAGGGUACAUGGAAUCAACGACCAUUUCGGAAGAUGUAUGUGUAUUAUCGGCAGUCGGAACAGCCGCGAUCAUUAAUUUACAAUGUGGAGACGUGAAUAUUGAUUCGAAUAUUCCAACUAAAGCACAAUGUAUCAUCGGAAAUAAGGAGACUAUGACAUCGUCAUUGGAUGACCAAGAUUUUGCAAAAGAUUUUAACAAUACGGCCAAUGCAAGCUUAUCGAUGAAAUGUUUAGACUCCGAACACCAAAAAAUUCAUGAUCUGGAUUUUACUUUUUCAAAUCCAAUUAAUGAAAACAAAACACUUAAAGAAUUAUCAGAUUUCAAAUCGAAUAAUAACUGCAUGGUAUGUCAUAUUCCGUACAAACAAAGUUCUGUUCCAUUCCGAGUCAAUAUGAUGAAAUGUUCAAUUUGUAGAGCUGGAAACGUACCUGAUGUAUUACUUUGCACAAUCGAGAUCCCGGAAACUCUGCAGGUCAAUGGACGCGGAACUCUAAUACAAGCUCAUGUAUGCAGGUCGAAACGAGAUCUUAAAGGAGAAUCCAACGCCAAAGAGAUGUCUGAUGCGCUUCCUUUUCUCGAAAUUGAAUUGCAUAAAUUACUUAUAAAUAAAUUGAAAAUGAGGGGAAUGAACGCAAUUUUCGGUCUGAAAGUUUCUGUCGCUGUUGGAGAACGGAUGAUGGCUUUAGUGGCAACUGGAACUGCUGUAUACUUGUAUGCACUUCCCUCACCAACUGUGCCAAAGAUUCUUGCUGGAAACUCUUGGACAGAUACCGAAAAACUUACUGAGUUGCAAAAGACAAUUCAUGAUACAGUGGAAAGAAAUAAAGAAUUGAGUCAUUUAAAAUUGGUGACCGAAGGGAAUAUCAAUUACAAAACAUUGGCGCAAACAGAUGAUUCUGAUGGUUCUGAGGAGGACAUUAUGGAUAUUGAUAUUACUUAUGGUAAUAAGGAGGCUUGUGUACUAGAGUUAGAUGAUAUGCAUGACAUGGAAAUCAUUUCACUUCUUAUGGAACCAUGUCCUCCAGAUGGUUUCGUUGUUGUGAACACUCAAACAGUUCCUGGACAACAUGAGUUGGAAGUGGUGCGAAAUUUACAAAUGUUUACUCAGAUAUGGCGAGCCAAGCUGCCCACCAAUCAACCUAACACUAGUUUUUCAAAACAUUUCCAACGUUUACUGCAAGUAAUUUAUUUUAAGUUAAGAGCAAUGAUACCGUGUGCAAUAUGUGAUUUGAGAUUCAAGUUGGAUUUUCCGGAAAAUGAUGAAAUUCAACUUCUAGUAACCGGAAUGGCUCUGGGUUUGGGCGAGUUUUCUAAGAUGAAUGCAUUCAACAAAAAACAUGUGGCCAGCACGUCAGUACGAGACCAGCAAAAGCGCAAUGAUGAUGAUAUGAUAUUUAGUAUAGAUGAUGAUAAUUUAUCUGCAGGAAAUACUACUACACAAGGUAUUGCCAUUUCUCAUCUUGCACAAACUGGAUCGCUUAAAAAUAGGCGAAGGUCGCCAUGUCGUGGCAAAUUCAGCUCAGGUCGGAUGGUUAGACAUAUGCCAUUGAAAGAGCGGUAUGGUGUUGACAUCACACCUCUUAAUUAUGUGCCAGGUGGAAAAAUAGAAAAAUACUUAGGAAAUUUGGAUUUUUUUUUCAUCCGAGAGUGUACUGCGGUUAAAGAAAUCGGUGGUAUAAGUGGAUUCGUACAUAGUUUUAUUACUGAUGUAUUAGCUGUAAUUAGAGCUCAUGUCACUGCUCUUGGUGGAAAUGCAAUGGUUGCCUUUUUCAUGACCGAGUUAAUCCUUGUUGACAAUUUACACAAGAAUCAGGGCCAAUGUUUGAUGAGUGUUGGAGGAGAUGUAGUUUUUGUCUCCUAUUUUAAAGACGACUAAUAUGAUUUGGUUGUGAUUUUGUUAUUCAGUCUCUAAUUAGUUAUUUUCCCAACCGCAGGAAACACAUAGAAUCACCAUGGAAUUGUCAUCUAAAAGAUUUAUUAUCAGAAAAAAAACACACCUUCUCUUGCACUUGCGUGUCGUGCUUGUAGAAAUAAUGAAAGUCAUCGAAAUAGGCAAUCUUAUUUUUUAUGAAAUAGUCUAUCUAUGAACUCUAUGACAUUACAUUACAUCUAAUAAAGUGCAACAUAAUUUCUUUCUUUCCCAUUUCCCAAAAUAAGAAAAAGUAUUUGCAUAACUGAUUUUGCUUUUGUCGAUCAAUUUCACUUAGGCGACAUCCAUAAGUACGUCACGCAUGUAGGGGGAAGAGGAGGUUAAGAAAACCAUGACGAAUUGUGUUGUAGGGGGGAGGGCGGCGUAUAACGUUGUGUGACGUCACAUGAAAAAUAUUUAAAAAUGAAAAAUUGACUAGAUAAAUGGUUUAGUUUACCUCCUUCAUAUUCACAACCUUUUGGUUAAUAUUCAAACUGAAGCUAAUUAGACACACACAAUAACAGCAUAGGAAAUUCUGCUUAAACUAGUUGCUCCAAGGCAACAGCGAAAGUCAUGAUUCCUAAAAUGGGUCUGACGCAGUGUUGCCAUAUUUUCAUCUGUACUGGAAGCUGUAAAAAUCAUGUUCAUUUGUACUAUUUCGUCAAAAAUCGGUUCCAUUGGAACAUAGUUGUUUAGUUUGUAAACCUGUGAUAAAACAAUUCCAACGACGUUCGUUCAUUGUUUUGAGAAAACUGUGACUGCAUUAACUCCGUUUAUAUUGGUUCUGAACUACUAGCUCGCUUGUCAUUGAAACUUUUAGAUUGCGAGAUCGCGUUCAUUGUGUCGUUACUGAGUCUGUCAACGUUUAGUCUGAUUCUUUUCUAGCAAUUUGCAAAAUCUGUACUUGUCUGUACUUUUUCACAAAAAUUCGGCAGUAAUGGUCUGACGAGCUCGAGUUGGUGCAUAAAAAAACCUAAAUUAAUCCACCUAGCGGUCAGACCCUGCCUUCCUCAUUUAAACUUAUUAUUUGUAAAAAUAGAUUUACAUGAACGCUUAAAUCCAAUAAAGGUAUAUUCACUCUUUGGGUUCUAAAAUAUUGAUGUUGUAAUUGAAGUAUAAAAUAUGAAAUUCGAUGUAACAUUAGUGCUGAAAAAAGAUCGAAAUAAAAGAAAUGACUCUUAAUUUCGAACAAUUUAAUCACGAGCGAUACCGGGAACGUUCAAAUAGUACGAUACCACAUUUAAAUCAUGUUGAGGCCACAUAUAUUGAUCAAAGCAGGUAUAGUUUUAAAUAGUCUUUGAAUUUCUUUUCUUUCCAAAACUUUUGAGCCACAUAGCAAAUUGUUAUGAAGUUUGUUAUUUGUAAGUUUGAGAGAUGACUCGUUCGUAUGACACUAGUUAUGUUCAAACAAGUCGUGUAAUCUUUGAGAUAAUAGACUUUCGUUGUUUCAACAAUUUAAUACAUAACGGUUGCUUAAGUUCGAUUACAACUUUUGGACCGUGGCACCCCGGGAAUGGCACUCGAAAGGCUCUUUACAUCGGAUUAAAUAAACGGUCCCGAUUGCAACUAAUUGAAAGCUAUUCAUUCACGACACGUUAAAACGGUACAAAAACUGUAAUGGCCGGACAACAUUCUUUUCAUCUAUUCGCAUUUCCAGCAUCGCACAUGACAGCUAUGCUGCCGUGGCGAGUCCUGCGACUUUGCGCUGCGUCGGUUGACCGAGAAAACAAGCGCAGCACAACAGGGUUGUCCACAUCUCCCCUCUUAAUAGAGGUGGUACGGGUCGAACCUUAGCGGCGGUCUUCGAAUCCUUGAAGAGCGCCUUGCGAGAUUUGCCACCGGCUCCACUUCGAUAGCAGACUCGAAUUCACUUGAUGUUGUUGAUAACGUUGAGCCAGACGGGACAACGGCCGAGAACUCAUGGCGUUGCGUAGACGUAGCACGAAUCGGACCAGAACCUUGCACGGUUCCCUCUGGACUAUACAAUGGUACUGAUGGAGGCGAAGGCGACCGGUGCGACGGCAUGGGCGUAACCGGCGACAGGGCCGGCGUACCUGGCGAUAGUCUUGGAAGAUCCCAGGCAUCCAACAGUAUGUCGAGCGGUAGUGAAUGCUGAUUCGAGGCAGUUUGCUCAGCGGAUUGCUUCGAUGUCGUGGUAGCAGCAGAGCGACUCCGAAGUUGGUUGACAUGAGAGCGUAACAUUCGUCGAUCUUCGACCCACACGUUGUACAUCACGUUUCCUAUCUUCACGAUGACGACACCGGGAGCCCAUUUCCAACCAUUCUGACCAUAGUUUAGCGUAUACGUGGUCGUUUUGGCCGAAGGUCCUCUGUUCCUUGCGGUUGUCGUUCGUUGGCACCGGAGCAUGUACCGAUGGUGGACGCAGAAGCUCGAGGCACGUCCGGAUUUUGCGACCAAUUAUGACCUCGGAUGGCGACUUAUGAUCAGGCAGGGCCCGGUUGGCCGUGCUUCGGUAAGUUAGCAGAAAGAUGUCCAGUGCUUCUUGGAUGGAUUCUCUCCCCUCUCUGAUUUUCUUGACGGCCCGCUUGAAGGUGUCCACAUAUCGCUCCGCUUGGCCAUUCGAUUGCGGAUGAAACGGGGCUGUCGUGACGUGCUCAAUGGCAUUGGAAGCGCAGAAAUAGGCGAAUAGUGCGCAGGUGAAUUGAGUACCGUUGUCGCUGACUAAAGCUUCCGGCAUACCUAACCGAGCGAACAACCCCCGCAGGAUGUUACAGGUCACAGCAGUGGUGAUGCGGGUCGUUUGAAUGAUCAGGCCAUUUGGAAAACGAAUCGAUAGCGAGUAGGUAAUAGUCCCCUUCGAUUGGAACGGCAAAGUCGAUGUGGACCGGUAAAGAGCGAGGAGGUGAUCGAGCAACGGACGCACACUGCUGGCAUGCCCUCACGAAGCUGGUAAUGUCGGUAUCCAUACAGGGCCAGUAGACGUAGCUUCGAGCGAUGGCCUUCAUACGCUGCAUGCCGGGAUAACCACGAUGAAGCUGUUAAAGGCACCGCUUCCAACGAAGCGACGGGAUAACAAGUCGUUUGUUAAAUAAGAAGCACCCAUUUACCACAGAGAGCGAUUCUUGGCGAGAUUGGAACUGGCGAAGCUCAGACCUUCGAGCUGUAACUGGGGCCAGCCGUUCUGGACGUAGCGGUGGACUUGGCGGAGCAGUGGAUUUGCAUGGGUGCUUUGCGCAACGACUCUGAAAUUGAGAGGCAACACUUUAACCGUAUUAGAUACUACCGACCUAAGAUCCUCUUCCAGAAUGAGGCUCGCGAUGACGUAGUCCUCCUCAGGCUUGACGUGUUGAUCGAUAAGGCGGGAGAGCACGUCCGCUGGUGGACACGUACUCAAUCUCGAAGUCGUAGAGCAACAAGGUGAGGGCAAAGCGUUGCAGACGAUUAGCGGUGUGUACAGGAAUCCCCUUCUUGGAACCGUAAAUGCGUAGCAGCGGGCGAUGAUCAGUUUGAAGUCAUAGUGCCGUCCGAAGAGCAUCUUGUGAAACUUCGUGACGGCGAAGAUCAUGGCCAAACCUUCACGAUCGGGCUGGCUAUAACCUUGCUCUGCCUUCGUGAGUGUUCGAGAUGCGUGUUGAACGACCUUGAUGGUGCCAUCAGGGAACCUGUGGCUAAUGGUAGCCCUGAGACCAACGGAAGAAGCGUCAGCAGCCAUGAUGAUCUCCCGCCUUAUAUCGUAGUGCGUGAGGAGAAGAUCCGACGAGAGAAUCCGUUUAAAUUGGUCGAAGGAGUUUUGGCACUCUGAACUCCAGUGAAACUUUACAUCCGACUUGAGAAGGUUGUCGAGCGGAUAGCGUAGCAUGCGCAUGUUGGGGAAGAACUUCCUAUAAUAGUUUAUGGCCCCCAGGAAAGAGCGCACACCGGAUACAUCGGUUGGAGGAGGCAGCCUAGAAAUCGCCUCGAUUUUGGCCGGAUCCGGGUGUAGCCCACGGCAAUCCACGAUGUGCCCCAAGGAUCGGAUUUGCUGCUUGCGAAACGUACACUUCUCGACUCGGAUUGUGAAUCCAAAUUUUUUUUUAGGCUGUAGAAUCUUCCGUAGGUUGUGCUUGUGCUCCUCCUCCGUUUCGCUGCCGACGGUGACGUCAUCGAGGUAGCCAGAGGUGCCUUUCAGUCCGGCUAGCAUUGCGUCGAUGAGCUGUUGGAACGCACCAGGUGCAAUCUUCACCCCUGGAGGAAGGCGGUUGUAGAGGUAGAGGCCACGAUGUGUGUUGAUUUUCAACAAACUACGGUACUGCUCGUCGACUUCGACCUGCAAAAAAGCAUCGGACGAAUCUAUCUGGCUAAUGAUCUUACAGUUUGCCAGCUUGGCAAAGAUGUCGUCCGGAAGUGGAAGUGGAUACUGCCGCGGUUGAAGAGCUGAAUUCAGACCCGUUGAGUAGUCUCCGCAAAUCCUGAUGGAGCCAUUGGCUUUGCGGACAACGACGAUCGGGGCGGCCUAAUUGGAAUAAUCGACCGGAGUGAUGACGUUCAACUUCUCUAACCGGUCAAGCUCUUGGUCUGCUUCAUGCAUCGCAUAUGCUACCGGACGCUUCGGGCAGAAAACGGGUCGAACGUGUUCUUUGAGCUCCAACUUCACUUUCGUUUUGGUGCCGAGAUUCUCGCGAAAAACUUCAGGAAAUGACGAUUUGAGUGCACCCGACGUAGGCGAACCUGUCACAAUGCAGCAGAAAGUAUUCAUCGGGACCGACCAGAGAUUGAAGCGGUCUACCAAUCGGAACCGAGUAACUGAAGUUGAUUUUGGGUCUCCGAUAGUAACGUCGCACAGUGCGUUGAGCCAUAGACAAAAAUCGGGUUUCUUUCUUUUUUAUUUGGAUGCACCAAGUAUUCAGAAGUGUUCACAGAUAUCUCCUGGGUUGUGAACAAGUAUUGGUGAGCUUUGGGAAGCAUCACAAAUAAUAAUACAAGCAUAGCAAGCGUCAGCGUCCAGAGCAAUCAUUAGUUUCACAUUUCGUGCUAAAUUGUCGCGCGUUUUCUAAACGUUGGUAAAACUUAAUUACUUCGUGUAUUCCAAUACAACAAAAUGGAAAAUAACAAUCAAGAUUAGUGCAAUAUAUUUCAUUGAUAGAGAGACUUGGUUUCGUUUGCGUGUAUGAUUAAUCGGUAUGAUGAGUUGGUGAAGGUAUUAAUCCUUAAAAAACGCGAACUCAAACUUUCGUUAGCGUUUUAAAAAAAGUUCCACCGAGUUUUUCUAUAAAACAUACAUCCAAAGUUUGCUUGAAGUGUCCUCUACAAAAUAUAUAAAAAUUAGCUGCAACUUCCUGCAACUCUGAGAGAUUUUUUAUUUUUCGUAUGUCAAUCCCGAUCGCUCGUGAAGCGGCAGAUAUUUGAAAAGUGGUUUAACUGCAACGCAAGCAAAAGAACAUCAUGUGUAUUUCGAUUUUGUCAAAAUCGUGUAGUUUUGAUUUUUGUCCCGUCUUACCCUACAUUCAACGCACUGUGCGUCGCACUGAAAUUCUCUGUCGAUCGCAAGAAUGCAACCAGAUGCCGUUUUCGCUUUCACUGUUGCCAACGAUAACGCAAGACCAGGGCUGCUGAAUAUCACUUUGUUGCAUUUGUAUUCAUUCAUUAUUGCCGAAGCACAACAGCACGUGGCAACAGUGUAUUCACUCAGCAAUGGAAACAACGCCUAUGGUGAACUGAACUGUUACGAGUGGCUUUUGGGCGAAGAAUAGUUAUUAAAACGUAAUAUGAUUACCUUCGUGUUUGACUCGUAUUGGCUACGAUUUACUCAAGUCAUCCGAAGGGAUAUUGAGCGAUCGAAUGGGAAAACAUCGUUUCAGAAGCCUUGUCACUCAAAUCAAUUCCGAUGGAUAUUCACUGUGAAUGGUAUUACCAAUCGCAAUGAUGCUUCGGGGCGAAUCCAAACGAAAAAUAAAAAUUGCCGAGGAAGAAA